AUGUUGUCCGCCAACGGAUCCGUCAUAGAGAUCAUUCCGAGUUUCCCUGCUACUUUGGGCUAUACUAGUAGUGUGGUAAUUCCUGUAGGUGUCGCAAAGCCUAAUACUCCUCUUGCUGCUAUAGGUUGGGGAUCCUUCGACGAGAUUCAUUUGUACUACAUUGGUGUCGCAUACAGCAACACGCAAUUACUAGAGAAGAUCUGGAAACCCAAUGCUGGAUGGACAGAUGGGCCACUCAAUGCACGUGUAUUCACAGCGCAGACUAACACGAGUUUCCUAACGGCAUAUCAUGAUGAAACUACGGUGGCAGCGAGCACAUGGCGCGUGGCUUUUGUUUGUUCCACUGCGAACUUGCCUGUGGCGGGCGCUCUUUGCGAAGCAUCAAAGACAGCGUCGCUUCCUUGGACCAACGCUGUUUACCCUUAG